UCCUCCUCCUUCCUCUUCCGAAUCAGCCCUCCCAUCAUCACAGGGCCCCCCCUUAUCCUACUCCUCCCCACCCCCUCGCUUUCCUCUCUGGGUGCUUGUGGUGCUCCAGAAGCAUCUCAGCCUCUCGCCAAGUCACGCACGACGCACACGGCAGCAGGAUGUCGAUUGUCAGCAUCGUCGCCAGGGAGAUCCUGGACUCCCGAGGGAAUCCCACCGUGGAGGUGGACCUCCGCACCGACAAAGGUGUGUUUCGAGCGGCGGUGCCCAGCGGCGCGUCGACGGGCAUCUACGAGGCCUUGGAGCUGCGAGACGGCGACAAGAGCAGAUACAAGGGAAAAGGCGUCUUGAAGGCCGUCGGACACAUCAACGACACGCUGGGUCCUGCGCUUAUAGCCUCUGGCAUCAGCGUGGUGGAACAAGAGCAGCUGGACAACUUGAUGAUCAAGAUGGACGGCACAGAAAACAAAUCUCAGUUCGGGGCCAACGCCAUCCUGGGCGUGUCAUUGGCCGUCUGCAAGGCGGGCGCCGCCCACAAGGACGUCCCCCUCUACAGACACAUCGCAGACCUGGCGGGAAACACGGAAAUGGUCUUGCCGGUGCCCGCGUUCAACGUGAUCAACGGAGGCUCCCACGCCGGAAACAAACUGGCCAUGCAGGAGUUCAUGGUGCUUCCCGUGGGCGCAGAAUCCUUCAAGGAGGCGUUGAGGAUAGGCGCCGAGCUGUACCACACGCUGAAGGGCGUCAUCCAGCAGAAGUACGGGCAGGACGCCACCAACGUGGGCGACGAGGGAGGAUUCGCACCCAACAUCCUGGAGAACAGCGAGGCUCUGGACCUGCUCCAGACGGCCAUCGAGAAGGCGGGCUUCACGGACAAGGUGGUGGUGGGCAUGGAUGUGGCCGCCUCCGAGUUCCACCGUGAGGGAAAGUACGACCUGGACUUCAAGUCCCCGCCGGACGCUGAGCGCCACAUCGGCGCUGAAGAACUGGCCGACAUCUACCAGGGCUUCGUCAACAACUACCCGGUGGUGUCUAUCGAGGACCCGUUCGACCAGGACGACUGGGAGGCCUGGUCCCGUCUGACGGCCCGGGUGGGCAUCCAGGUGGUGGGCGACGACCUGACGGUGACCAAUCCCAAGCGGAUCGAGAAGGCGGCCGAGGAACGCGCCUGCAACUGCCUGCUGCUCAAAGUCAACCAGAUCGGCUCCGUCACCGAGGCCAUUCAAGCGUGCAAACUGGCUCAGGCCAACGGCUGGGGCGUCAUGGUCAGCCAUCGCUCCGGGGAGACCGAGGACACGUUCAUCGCAGACCUGGUGGUCGGACUGUGCACUGGACAGAUUAAGACCGGCGCCCCCUGCAGGUCCGAAAGGCUGGCCAAGUACAACCAGCUCAUGAGGAUCGAGGAGGAGCUGGGAGACCAGGCCCGCUUUGCUGGACACAACUUUAGGAACCCCAGCGUCCUGUGAAAAUCACACGCACGCGCGCGCACGCACACGCUGAGCCAUGUACGGAAGAAAACUCACACAAUACCUUAAAAAAAAAAAGAUAAAAAAUAUGCACUGGACUCUUAUGAUGUGGGUUGAGAGGUUGAUGCUGCACACACACACCUGCAAGUGGAGUUUAAAAGCCAGACAUGCACUGUUAAUGUAGUGUUAAAAGAGUAGUUGAAAAAGAAAUGUCAAAGACUUCUUCAAGACCGGGACAAACCAACAUGCGCACCUCCUCAUCUUCAUCCUUGUUUCUCCUUCUUGGCCUCCUUUCUCCAUCUUCACUUUCCCACCACCACGUGACUGUGACGUCGCCAAUAGACGACUUUGCUAUGCGCGCGAAUGUCGGCGGACGGUCCGAGACUCACUGUAAGAGAUCUCAAGGAACAAUAAGAACCAUGAGCAAAUGUGUGAAAUAAAAACAAUUUACAGUCUGA